CCCAUGGCGAAGAAAGUGAGUCAGUUGAUGGAAAUGUUGGGGGACGUGAGGGUCGACAACUACUAUUGGCUACGCGAUGACUCUCGCUCCAAUCCUGAGGUUCUCUCCUACCUCAAACAAGAGAACCAUUACACCCAUUCCAUCAUGUCCGAUACCAAAAAGUUUGAAGAUGAUCUGUAUGCCGAAAUAAGAGGGCGGAUCAAAGAGGACGAUGUGUCUGCGCCUGUACGCAGAGGAGCUUACUAUUAUUACCAUCGGACUCUUGAGGGCAAGGAGUAUGUUCAAUGCUGUAGGCGUGCUGUACCCAAUCCGGACGCCCCACCUUCUGUUGCCGACACCAUGCCCAUGCCCGAUGCUCCUCACAACGAACAACAUAUUAUCUUGGACGAGAAUGUUAAGGCUCAAUCUCACCUUUUUUAUAGCAUUGCUGCGUUUAAGGUUAGUCCCAAUCACAAGUUGGUGGCUUAUGCUGAGGAUACUAAAGGAGAUGAGAUUUAUACUAUUUAUGUCAUUGAUGCUCACACUGGAGCUCUUAUGGAUAAACCUCUUGUUGGUGUCACUGCCUCUCUUGAAUGGGCUACUAAUGGUGAUGGGGCUUUUGUUUACAUCACCAUGGAUCAAACUCUCCGCCCUCACAAGGCAUGGUUACAUAAAUUGGGAGAGGAGCAAUCAAGUGAUACCUGUCUUUAUCACGAAAAAGAUGAUACCUUUUCUCUUGAUCUUCAAGCUUCUAAGAGCAAGAGGUUUUUGUUUGUUGCUUCUGAAAGUAAAAAUACAAGCUUCAACUUUUAUCUUGAUGUUUCAAAGCCUGAAGAUGGACUUCAAGUUCUCACACCUCGUGUAGACGGCAUUGACACCUCAGUCAGCCAUCGUGGGAAUCAUUUUUUUAUCAAGAGGAGGACUAAUGAGUUUUUUAAUUCUGAAGUUAUAGCUUGUCCUCUGGAUAAUACAUCUGAAACUACACUUCUUCUUCCACACAGGGAAAGUGUAAAAAUUCAGGAUAUACAACUCUUUAACGAUCAUAUCGUUGUAUAUGAGCGCGAGAAGGGCCUACCAAAAGUAACUAUUUAUGGCCUUCCGGAUGUUGAAGAACCGCUUAAGAGCCUUCAAGGUGGUCAUACAGUUGAGUUUGUGGAUCCUACAUACUCAGUGGAACCAUCAGAGUCGCAAUUUACUUCCAGCAUUUUACGACUUGACUAUAGCUCAAUGAAGACUCCUCACUCAGUGUAUGAUUAUGAUAUGAAGACAGGCAUUUCUGUCUUGAAGAAGAUCAAAACAGUGUUGGGGGGUUUUGAUGCAUCAAAUUAUGUUACUGAAAGAAAAUGGGCAAAUGCUCAAGAUGGUACUCAGAUUCCUAUUUCAAUUGUUUAUCACAAGGAUCUAGUGAAACUUGAUGGGUCAGAUCCAUUGCUACUUGGUGGCUAUGGAUCUUAUGAGAUAUGCAUAGAUCCCUGUUUCAACGUAUCAUGCCUGUCUUUGUUAGAUCGGGGUUUUGUUUAUGCAAUAGCUCAUAUCCGUGGAGGGGGUGAAAUGGGGAGGCAGUGGUAUGAGAAUGGAAAGUUGUUUAAGAAAAAAAAUACUUUAACUGAUUUUAUUGCUUGUGCUGAGUACUUAACAGAAAGCAAGUACAGCUCAAAGGAAAAAUUGUGCAUUUGUGGAGGAAGUGCUGGUGGAUUGCUCAUUGGAGCUGUCCUUAACAUGAGGCCUGAUUUGUUCAAGGCUGCUGUUGCUGAAGUACCUUUUGUAGACGUGUUGACUACAAUGCUGGAUCCAACUAUCCCCCUUACUACUUCAGAGUGGGAGGAAUGGGGCGACCCGCGGAAGGAAGAGUUCUACUUCUACAUCAAGUCAUAUUCCCCUGUUGAUAAUGUUAAGGCACAAAAUUAUCCUAAUAUUCUUGUCACAGCUGGUUUAAAUGAUCCACGUGUAAUGUAUUCGGAACCUGCUAAGUUUGUGGCAAAACUAAGGGAUUUGAAGACGGAUGAUAACCUACUGUUGUUUAAAUGUGAAUUUGGUGCUGGGCAUGAUUCAAAGUCGGGAAGAUUUGAGAAGCUUCAAGAAGAAUCAUUCAAGUAUGUGUUUAUAAUGAAGGCUCUCAAUAUGAUUCCUGACCUUGGAUGUGGGCAGAAGUGAUGAAUUGCUGCCUUAGGAGAUGGAGCCAUGAAAAGAAUCCACUUGUGAAACAGUGUUAUCAACAUCUUGAGUAAUAGUUUUGUAUAUUGAGUGAUUAUUAGAAUCUGAGCGGCUUAACCUUCUCGACGAUAAUUUGCUCUUCUAAAUGACAUUUGUGAUGAGUCCUCAUGCCGCUGGUUUUUCAGUCAGCUGUUUCUCAUUCAUCCAAAAAAAAAAAAAAAAAAAA